AUGUCAAGUGACGAAGAAGCCACAACAAAUGACGGAUCGACAGAUCUUACAGAUCAACUUGCCCUUAUGAGCCAUGUAUUCGAUCCAAGCGCUGACCGAAAUGCAUGAAAGCAAGACAAAGUCUGUUCUGUUUGCUAUCAGAGUUUUUCCAUGAUGGGAAAUGGUAAAAAACACUACUGCAAGUUUUGCUUCCGAGGAGUUUGUGGCAACUGCUCAAUGCAUAUUAAAUUUUCCCAUAUGUUUUCCACUAUAAAUUUCAAGCCAUUUUUUCGCCAGUCAUCCCUAUAAAAACAGUAUAAAGGCCUCCAGCCCGAAAGAAACGCAGCACUCAGGAUUUGCGACAAUUGCUACCACCGUGGCAUAGAAGACCAAGUAAAAUCCAAUUUCGAGCGAGAAUUAGAAAGAGAAAAACAAGAAACCUUAGAAGUAGAAGAAAACAUAAAACUUGAAAAGAAAAACAACAACAAAGAACUGCUAGAAAUCAAACUUUUAAAAGACAAAAUCGAAAAAUGCAAACAAGAAUUAACAAGAAAAGAAACAGAGCUUGCCAAUCAAGCAGCCUCUCUAAAAGACGAUAUGAAAAACAUGGAAUCUGACAGUGACGCUUUAUAUGAAAAUUUAGAAAUAAUAAAAAAUGAAAUAAGAACAAAAGAAUCAAAAAUCGCUGCUUUAAGAGAAGAAUUACAAGGAGUAAAAAAACAAUGCGAAGUUGACAGAAAAAGAGUCAUGGACUUGAAAAAUGCUAUAGAUGAGCAGGAAAAAGAAAAUUUAAAGGUCCAGGAGUCGCUGAACUUGUUAGAAGAUAAAGAAAAAAGAGCUGAAGAAAAUAAUUUAAAUGUGAUUAAAGCAGAAAAAGACGUGAAAUUAAAAAUCCAAAAAACAAAAGAACAGCUGGAAGAAGCGAGAAAAGAUAACGAAAAUUUAAGGAAAAGAUUGCUUCCGCUGAGGCAGGAAAGAGAUAGAAGGGUAAGUGAGCUGGAAGAGCUGGAAAAUAAAGUCCAAGAGACGAGAGAAGAAGAAAAAAGAACCACAGAUCAAGUCAAGUAUUUGAAAGAAAAAUCUGAAGCACAGAAACAAGAAAUUAUUAGGUUGCAGGCGAAGGUAAAUAAAAAUAAUGAGGCUCAAGAGCUAGUGGAUGGGCACAGCUCUGAAACGUCAUCAGUUGAGCCUGAAGCAAGGGGGCGUUGCAAAUGCAUAAUCCAAUAA